AUGUACUGUCAGUGUUUAAUAAUGGGAUGUUGUGUUGAACCAGGUCUGAUAUGUACUGUCAGUGUUUAAUAAUGGGAUGUUGUGUUCUUUAGGACGACUAUGAGCUGGUGCCUGAUGAGAAACGGAAAAGCAGAGGAGAUCAGAUUAUUGGGAAGUUCCUGUCUAAACAGUCGUCCGAGUGUGUGGAGGUAGCAGAGAGCCUUGCUGAGCAGUGUAGAGAGAACCUGGAGCUCCACCCCUGCAAGGAGAUCUUCAGUGACUGUCGGAAAGCUCUCCAUCACUACCUGAGAGGAGCUCCCUUCUCGGACUACCAGAACAGCAUGUACUUUGACCGUUUCCUACAGUGGAAGAUGCUGGAGAGGCAGCCAAUAGCCAAGGAUACGUUUCGACAGUACAGAGUACUGGGAAAGGGCGGAUUCGGAGAGGUGUGUGCGUGCCAGGUGCGAGCCACAGGGAAGAUGUAUGCCUGCAAGAAGUUAGAGAAGAAGAGGAUUAAGAAGAGGAAAGGAGAGUCCAUGGCCCUCAAUGAGAAACAAAUACUAGAGAAGGUCAACAGCAGAUUUGUUGUGAGUUUAGCGUAUGCCUAUGAGACCAAAGAUGCUCUGUGUCUGGUGUUGACCUUAAUGAAUGGAGGAGAUCUGAAGUUCCACAUCUACAGCAUGGGGACUCCAGGCUUUGAGAAGGACAGGGUCCAGUUCUAUGCUGCCCAGAUCUGCUGCGGCCUGGACCACCUACACCAGGAAUCCAUCGUUUACAGGGAUUUAAAACCAGAGAAUAUUCUAUUAGAUGAUAAUGGACACAUCCGGAUCUCAGAUCUGGGCCUGGCCAUCAAAGUGGCUGAAGGGGACCCCAUACGAGGCAGAGUGGGAACAGUGGGUUACAUGGCUCCGGAGGUAAUCAACAACGAGCGCUAUGGGAUGAGUCCAGACUGGUGGGGGCUGGGAUGUCUCAUCUACGAGAUGACCGCCGGACGCUCACCCUUCCGCGCACGCAAAGAACGAGUGAAGCGGGAGGAGGUGGAGAAGAGGGUGCAAGAGGAAGAGGAGGAGUACAGCGACAAGUUUACAGAAGACACCAAGGCCAUCUGUAGGGUGCUGUUGACCAAAGAUCCUAAGCAGAGACUGGGCUGUACAGCAGAGGGGUCAGCAGGGGUGAAGGCUCACUGUUUCUUCAGGAACAUCAACUUUAAAAGGCUGGAGGCAGGCAUCCAGGAGCCCUCCUUCGUACCGGACCCCCGGGCGGUGUACUGUAAGGAUGUGUUGGACAUUGAGCAGUUCUCUACAGUCAAGGGAGUAAAUCUGGACCAAACCGACAACGACUUCUACUUCAAAUUCUCUACAGGCUGCGUGUCCAUCCCAUGGCAACACGAGAUGAUAGAUACAGAGUGUUUCAGUGAUCUGAACGUGUUUGGGCCCCAGGGGACCAGACCCCCAGAUCUGGACUGGAACACCCCCCCCGAGCCUCCCCGACGCAGCCUGCUGGACAGGAUCUUCAGGAGACAUGUGAGGGCACACACACAGGAUCGCACCCCGAGGUGUCCAUUGCCAACAGCCGCUUGUCUUCCUGCAGUGUGAACUCGGUGGACUCCAUGUCAAACUCUGCCCCCUAGUGGCCAGGGCCCUGUGUGGCUCCACACACAGACAGAGGAGGAGCCUGUAGGAUCUCCUCCCUGCUGGUUGGUUUACACCCGGCCUGACCAGCUGUCAGUCAUCCGGAGGCACCCCUCCCACGCCCACGGUCAGCCUAGGGGAAAUGCUGACCAUGACCCGGGGCCUGAGAGACCGACCCAUGGGAAAUGACUAGAGGGACGUUCUAUGAUGCAAAGACGUUUUGAGAACGAUGCUCAGACAUCUCACUUACCCUCAUGAUUGCUGGAGUAGAGAAGAGCCACUGAGGUUGUUGAUGAAUAAGAAAAAAAGGAUCUAAUUCAGGGGAUCCACUGUCUAAGAAAGACCACCACAGGGAAUACAAGAUGGGGUCUUUGUUGAAAUGUUGUAGCUUUUUUUAUUCCUUGCAUAAAUACUAAUUCACACUCAAAUGCACUCUGUAUUUGUUCAUCUAUUUCUCUCUCUAUCUUCCUCCCUCUCUCUCUCUCUCUCUCUCUCUCUCUCACUCCUUUCUUUCCCAUUUCUUUCCCACUACUCUAAUCACUUAUAAACAUGCAUGCAACCAACAACAUCACCAACCUCAAGAAACAAUGUGCAUAUUGCCUUGUAUACCCUCAGGCCAAAGACAUAGUUCAGUUGUGUGCCUGUCAUUGUUGCCAUAUUGAUUUUGGAGGAGGAAGGAGGAUGGCUUGGUCUUUAUUCAAUCACUAAUUGAAUCUGCAGCUAUGUUACACCUAAGUAACAAUCAAACAAGUGUGUUUUCACACCAUGAACAAGUGUGUUUUCACACCAUGAACAAGUGUGUUUUCACACCAUGAACAAGUGUGUGAAACCAGACAGGUGUAGUAUCCUCACACCUGCAUAGCUCUCAUGCUAAUAUCCCACAACAGGCAUCCUGUUGACCUUGAGCAAAAUGAGGUGUCUUUUCAAACCAGUAGUGAACCAUUUAUACACCAAUUAAGAUGUUUUAACAGUAAAUAUGUUGUUUUACCGCUGACAUUAAAGAAAUAUUACUGUGAUAUAACCUUUGUCAUAUACAAUGAGCUGGUGCUGUUUUCUGUUUGUGUUGCCAUCAUGACCAUGGGUGUAUCUCAAUCGUUUCAAUGGAGGCAUUUCUCUCAUCUCCUUUCCUUCGUCUGCACUGAUCAUAAAGGAAAGGUUAGGAUUCCUGGCAGAAAUAUGGCCUAUGCCUACAGGGAAUAAGCUUUAACCAGUCCAGUUCAGAUGAAGGAAAGGAGACAAAGAGAGGACGCCAUGCUAAACUAGUGAGAUGCCUUGGCUCUGGUAGUGUCCUUGGUGAAGGGACCACACUAAGGCAAUCCUUCCAACACGCCCAAACAAAAGGGAAGAACAGCUUUGGUUUUAGAAUUUGAUAUAUGUUAAUUUUACUGGACAAUAAAUAGUUAAUUACAUUAAA